AUGGCCAGUGGAGAAGUUCCUGUGGAGCGCCUUUUGGUGUCCGCCCUGGACGCCGACUGCCGAGGAUUGGUGGUUCGAUGUCGUGACGCAGCAGCUUGCGUCGACGCGUUCCUCAAGGCGUCCAAAUUGGCAAUCACGCGAGUGCAUCGUCGCUUACUGGUACUGCCGGCAGCUCAGUUUCCACACGUUAAUGUAUCUGCGAUCUUCGCUCUCCGCAACAUCGACCUUGUUCCCGACAUUCUAGUGGCUAGAAUGGCGGAUAAUGAUGGCAGUUUUGAGCUGGUGACGCUGAUGUUGACGGGGGAGGAGACGUGGCGCAACGAGCUGGUUGUGGCGCGGUGGAGCGGGGCACGUGGCUUGCACCCACCGUCUGCAGACCUCUAUCCCGACAGGUUGGCAGACCUGGCCGGGCGCACGUUCGUAAUCGCGACAUUCGACUACCCGCCGUACGUCGUGCUCAACAGCGACGCUAAUUUAUUUGACGGUGUCGACACCCGCAUCAUCUUAGAGCUCGUCAGAAAGAAGAAUGCAACGUGGAGCCUGCUUGAAGAUACAACGUAUAAGUGGGGCACAGUAUGGGAGAACGGUUCGGGAAACGGCGUCCUGGGCGCCGUGGCGAUGGACGAGGCCGACUUGGCGGACGACGGGCUCUACACCUGGUACCCCGAGUACCUUUUCGUGGAGUACUCGCGCCCCUACAUGAGAGCCGGCAUCGCGUGCCUGGCUCCUCGGCCGCUGCUUCUACCUGGCUGGCAGGUCCCCAUACUGCCCUUUUCACCUGCCCUGUGGGUGGUCGUUGGAUGCUCCGUGAUCUUCGCCACAGCCACACUGUACGCUGCAAAGAAACUCUCUGAUCGGGUUCUUGGUAAAGACGAUGGGCCAGCAGGCGGAAGGUACUCGACGGUGGAGGACUGCUUCUUCCGUUCUUUGGGCCUGCUGGUGCUGCAAACGCCGGACGUGGAGCGGCGCCACACACGUGUCGUGGGCCCCACCCGCCACGUGCUGUCGUGGCUUCUGCUCGCCUACCUGCUCGUCACCGUAAGCUACAGCAGCGGACUCUCCUCCAUGCUCACCAUACCCAGAUACGAGCCUCCCAUAGACACCGUGGCCGACCUGCAUGGCAGUGGGCUGAAGUGGGCAGGAAUGGACAUUGCGUACCUCAAGUCGCUCAGAGGUCGCACAGAUCAGGUCGCUCUGGACCUGAUCGACCGCUUCCGGGUGCUCACACCAGACAUCCUGCGUUCUCGGAUCACCACUCGAGACUUGGCGUUUGCCGUAGAGCGGCUACCAGGAGAGUACUUUGCCAUUGGUGACUACAUGGACGAGGAAGCGCUGAGUAAAUGGUUGCGACCAAUGCGCGAGGAUAUCUACUGGGAGAACGUGGUGUUUGCGGUCCGCAAGGGUUGGCCUUACCUUGAACAGCUCAAUGAUAUCAUCGACAGACUCUUCGAGGCUGGGAUAAUAAGCACGUGGGAGGGACAGGUGGCUCGCAAGUGGCUGGUCCCACGAGUGCAGCUGGCCGCCCAAGUAGGGAUGCGGUCGUACGCCCAGGCGCCGGAUGGUCCGGUGAAGCUGCAACUGACGCACGUGCAGGGAGAGUUCGCUCUGCUGGUGCUCGGACUCUGCAUGUCACUGGUCGUCUUCGUACUGGAAACUGCCGUUCACUGGAAGACCGUCGGUACCACACGGCUGGAAUUUAGAUCCUCCAUUACAGUGACGCUGGAGGUGUGCCGUCCAGCAGCCUGGCUGGAAAAAGGGGCUCAGUCAACAGCGUCACCAGCACAUGGUCGUCGGCGACACAGCGGAGGCGUUACCGACUUCAUCUAUUAA